AGACUGGCUUUCAAAACAGUGAAAACAGUUGAGCAACCAGUAUGAAUAAGCUCAGAGUUUAAAUAUGGUUAUAAUAUUUUGCAUUUUUCCCUUAAUAAUCCCUUACCCAUCUUAUUAAUAGGAGACCUGUAGCUCUUUCUUGAGGAUUCCCUCUUGAAUUGUCCAAGAACUCCAGUUUUAGGAAUUCUUUUGCUUUUUUUUUUUUUUUUUAAGAGGGAACGAGUAGGAAAAAAAUUGUGUUUUAUUUUCCUGUGUGUACCAAACUAAUGUGUUUCAAAAUACUUAGCUAGAUCACCAAUCCUAGUCACUGCUUUAGUUCAAAUGUUCACCAAGAAAAUAGUCAAGCAACAAAAAUUCAUUGUGAGAUGCCUUCUAGAGCAAAUAGCUACAUUGCUAUAUAAUUUAUUAAUUUAGUAGUUCAGUCUGUUGAUACUUAGGUUCAUUUAAAAAUGACUAUUCCCAUUGGUUUAUAGUGACAUUAAUAUAAAUGCAUAAUUUUGAAGUCAACAUUCUUUUCACUGUGAACACAAAACUUCCUAAAAGAUAGUUGUGGGCUGGAGCACAGUUAUGAAUGGCUGCUGGGAUAGCAUUGUUCAAAGCCAAAUGGGAUCCUGCUUCUUUGGUUCGGUUCUCCGCUCUCUCUUCGGUUCUGGUUUCCCCUCUUUGCACUGCCAUGCCUUGCUCUGAAGAAAUCCCCGCCAUCUCCCCCAGCAAGCGCGCCAGGUCUACGGAGGAGGGGGCAUGCGUAUCUGCUUUGCCCGGCUCUUGGAGCACGCCACGGCCCCGACCAAGGGGUCGGCGCGGGCGGCAGGCUAUGACCUGUACAGUGCCUAUGAUUAUACAGUACCACCCAUGGGGAAAGCCCUUGUGAAAACAGACAUUCAGAUAGCCCUUCCUUCUGGAUGUUAUAGAAGAGUAGCUCCACGUUCUGGCUUGGCUGCAAAACACUUCAUAGAUGUAGGAGCUGGUGUCAUAGAUGAAGACUAUAGAGGAAAUGUUGGUGUUGUGUUAUUGAAUUUUGGCACAGAAAAGUAUGAAGUGAAAAAGGGUGAUCGAAUUGCACAGCUGAUUUGUGAACGCAUUUUUUAUCCAGAAAUAGAGGAAGUUCAAGUUUUGGAUGUCACUGAAAGGGGUUCAGGAGGUUUUGGUUCCACUGGAAAAAAUUAAAAUUUAUGCCAAGAAUGGAAAACAUACUUUUAUCCCUUAAAAUCACUUUUACUUAAAAUGUUUUGGUGUUCCUGCUCCUGUAAACUUAAUAGCCUUAUUAACCUCUAAAAAAAAUCUAGUUUUCUUAAGAUCAAGGAAACCUCUGGUGGGAUCGCGUAGAAACUUCUUGUGUUUUUCUACUCAGCGAUUGUUGUAUGUAAAUCUGCUUUAGUACCCUAAAACAAGCAAUUUCUUUUUCAGUUCAUUUUAUGUAUAAAUGUAUAUCUUUUGGAAAGUGUGUAUUAUUUAAUUCACUAAAUGCUACCCCUUCAGCAACUUAUUUUGCUUUAAUUGCUUUAUGAACCAUAAAGAAUGUCUUAUUCAGUUAACUCGAAUUCUUUCAAAAAGGUAAAGUAUUGCAUAAACUGAACUAAAAGAUAAUAAAAAGGAGAGGUUAAAGUUAAAAAAAAAAAAAAAAA